UUCUAUUUUACCUGGUUGCCAAGGAACAUUUAUAGAGUAGCUUAUAGCGUAGUAAAGGAAAUGUGUUAUUUCUAAUAUUAGAAAGUGAUUUCACGUUAAAGGCAUUCAUUUCCGCUCUUAUUUUAAGGCUUUUAGCUUCAUUUUUUUUCAUAUUAAAAAGCUAAUUUGAGUGGAUAUUAUUGCCUUUCUUACCAUAUACAUACCUAUAGACAAAGAGUUGUUGUUAUGAAUUACUUUGUAACUACUCAUUUAUUUUUUCACAACCUUUUUUGAAAAAGGUAGCAUUAUUUGUUUAGUUUUUAACCAUUUUUUGCCUUCUCCACUGAAAAAAAGUUCUUGACUAUCUGUGAUAUAUUCAGCUCUCCCUCUAUACUUAGGAAUUAACUUCUAUGAGUAAUUGCGCUGUCAUUCAGUUAAUUGCGACUAGGUCUCAGUAAUCGCAACACCAAUAUUACGUUUACUAAUUCGAAGAGAUGACCACAACUUAGACUUUUUUGGGCAACAUUCAUCCUACUACCGCAAUGAUUCGGCUAUGAGCGCAUUGAGUUCGAAUGUUAAUUAAAUAACGAAUCAUGAUUAUAUAAGCUUACAAAAUCGACUUUCGGUUAGUAUUUAUUUUGAACCUCUAUUUGCAUCUUCAAACAUCUCAAAGGACCAUUCAGUUGAGCACAUCUGAGCAGUUGUUUCAAAUCGAUCAUGUAAAUAUAUAUAAACGUUUAGAGUUGGAAUUAAUUUUGAGCCAUAAACUGUAUUGUGUUUGUGCUUUGCGCUGUUUAUAAGCUAUGAUAUCGCGUAACCACAUUUUGAAUCCGGGAAUCGCUGCCGCCUCCUCGUCCAGGAGUAAUUCCAUUACUAAUCGUUGGAGAAGCAGUUCCAACAUAGCAAUGAGCAAGAAAGACAUGUUGCUGGGCGAUUUGGAGGAGAGUUGUCGGCAGCGGAGGUGUGACAGUGCCGAAAGGGGCCAGCACGAGACGAGGGAGCUCUCUGAGAUAAAAGCAGGCCAAAACGACCAAAAUAACAACGACAACGACAACUCAAACGUUCGACUAAUUCAAGGUCACCACAUAUUCGACAAACUGCAACUGGACAAUGUGACUUUGGAACUCAUUCCCCUCUCCGAAAACGAGUACGAGGAACGGAGAACUCCGAAUGCGGCCGACAGCUAUGAAAUCCGAGUGACGACUGCCGUUCGUCGACGCACGACUACAUCGUUCACAAUUAGAAGAAGUAUUUACGAUUUUAUAAAACUUGAUCACCAUCUUCAUAACUGUUAUGACGAAAGCAAACGAGUGUCGCCGACGAAUAGAAUGCUGGACAGCGAGUCAAGAAGCCGAGCUUUAACAUUGCUGCCGUCUCUAGAAAGUAUACUACAACAUCAGAUCAAUUUUUCAGAAGAUAGUUCGGUGAUAGAGAUUGAACAAAAAUUGCGCGAAUACAUAGAUUUGAUCAAUAAAACGAAGAAAAAGACGACAUUGAUUCGUUGCAAUAAAGCCCUUAAGUGGUUUUGCCUGGACCCAUUCGGAAAUUACUACAACUCGGCUCGCCGGGCAUUCAACGAGCCCGGAUUGAUUCAAGGCGAAUGUGUUCACGAGUACGAUGCAAAGUGCAGAAAUGAGAUUGACAUGAAGUUGCGUGACCAGAUUAUAGUAACAAGAAUCUGUAGACCAGAUGAGUCUAUUUGGUGGUUUGGAAAAAACAUCGGAGGAGGGGAGAACAGCCAGCGUCGAUCCAUGACAGUAGGAUACUUCCCUUUCGACAGCAUCAAAAUCCUCAACAGCACGGUCGACUUGGAAAAGUACUUCAUCCGGAAGACCGGCUACAACAACACCAGUGCCAACGCCAAACACGUCUCCAGCAUAUUCGGCAAAAACGUGCUGCUCCUCAAAAAGCGAAUGGAGUCCCGACCCAAAUUCGACGAGCUUAAAAAUCGCUCAUUAUAUCAAGACAGAGCUAGUCUACAGCAGCUAACUCACCAAGGAUGGGAGUACCCGGCGAUUGCUGAAAUGUGCACUGAGUUCGUCAGAAUACACUGUCUAACACAAGGAGUGUACCGCAAAAGCUGCAGAGUGAGACGUCUGGCUCAACUCAACGAGCAUUUCUGGGGCAGAACUUUCCCGAAGUCCAUUUCGGAACUGAGGGAUUUCUGCGAAAAUCCAACAGACGUGCUAUGUGUUGCGUCCUUCAUUAAGCAGUUAUUCCGCGACCUUUCGGAACCUGUUAUAACAGCUGAAUGUUACGAGAUCAUGCUUAACUUGCACAAAAAAUAUUUGCAAAACAUGCAAAGUUCGGCUAAUGCUGAAAUUUUUACGAAGUCUCUUCGCAGAAUUAUCAAACAAAUGCACCCAAUUCAUAGGUCAACCUUACUUCUUUUGAUCACGCAUUUUAGGAAGCUAAUUGUUCACGUUGAGAAAACGAAUAUGGAUGCUGAAAAUUUGGCCCGAGUUUGGGCGCCAAGCUUGUUUCCCCACGUGAUAAAUGCUUCAAACGAUGUCCAAGAGACGAUUGCGCCAAUCAAAGCGCAGAACGCACUUCUGGUUUUUAUCAUAGAAAAUGCUCCGGCUAUAUUCGACACAAAUUUGGACCCUCUUGAUAUGAGCAAACGAAGCUACAGCAUGAUCAACUUAGGCGGAGGAAGAACGCAUCAGUUGAACUUCUGAAACUCAUUCCACUUUCAACUAUUUAUUUUUAAGUCUCACCAGAACUAUAUGUA